GCUUUCCUAAACUAUUUAGGGGAGCUAGGUUUAGGGCUGGCAGAGUUUCCACUUCGCCUGCUGUCUUCUGUGGUUUCCAGCCAAAGCGCGCCAGCUCGGCAGCUUUGCGUAGAAAUGCGCGGCGGUGGCCCUGCUUGCGAGCGCAACUUCAGAGCUUUACCGGGAGCUGACGUCGGCUGGUGCUUCGUGAAAAUGGCAUCCUCGUGGGGGCGCUUGGUGUAAGCUGAGGCGUCAGUGAGGUUAAUUAUCUAGCAUCCGGCAAGAGAAGAGGAGAAUAACCAGAUGCCAGUCAAGUGUCCUAUGGCUCGUUUUCACCGACCCACCGAAGUGGCGAGGUCUCCGAAAACUCAACCUGGAAACGGUGUUUCAUUUCUGAUUCCUGAAUGUGGGAUACUGUCAAAAGAACUGAAAAACCUAGCCAUGGAAACUGGACCUUAUUACUUUGUGAAGAACUUACCUCUUCAUGAGUUAAUUACACACGAAUUCAUCCACUCCUUUGUGAAGAAAGGUUCGUUCUAUGCACUAACAUACAAUACAAAUAUUGAUGAAGAUAAUACUGUUGCCCUCCUGCCAAACGGGAAAUUAAUUUUAUCACUGGAUAAAGAUACUUAUGAAGAAACUGGUCUUCAAGGUUGUCCAUCUAAGUAUUCUGGCAGAAAAGUAAUGAAAUUUAUUGUUUCCAUUGAUUUGAUGGAUUUAUCCUUUAACCUGAAUUCUAAGAAGUAUGAAAGAAUAUCUUGGUCCUUCAAAGAAAAGAAGACAUUGAAAUUUGAUUUUCUUUUGGCUUGGCAUCAUACAGGUGCAGAAGAAUCCACGGUGAUGUCACACUUUUCCAGUUACCGAAUUCAGGAGCAUCAGCCAAAAAUAGCCCUGAACACAGUGACAGAGCUGCAGUGCCCGGUCCUGCGGAGCAGUGCACUCCAGGGGGAGCCAGAGGAGGCCUGCAGCGCUCCCGAGCUUCUGGACUGGCUGGGUGCCGUCUUCAGUCACACAGAACUAAAUAACGAGCCUCAUAACUUCAUAUCCACCUAUUGCUGUCCUCAGCCAAGCACAGUGGUGGCCAAAGCUUAUUUGUGUACAAUCACGGGUUUCAUACUUCCAGAGAAGAUCUGUCUCCUUUUGGAACAGUUGCGUCACUACUUUGAUGAGCCCAAGUUAGCUCCUUGGGUUACAUUGUCAGUACAAGGCUUUGCAGACAGUCCUGUUUCGUGGAGAGAAAAUGAACAUGGUUUUCGAAAAGGAGGAGAACAUUUAUACAACUUUGUGAUUUUUAACAAUCAGGACUAUUGGCUUCAGAUGGCUGUUGGGGCGAAUGAUGACUGUCCACCGUGAAAAAUACAAAACUUAAAAUCA